AUGGAACAACUCAACUCCUCUAUGGUCACUUCUAACAUCUCCUCCUCUCCUGGACAUCCAUCUCCUGCCUCCUGGGACUCCAGAGGUCUGGUCCCUGCGGUGGUGCUGUCUGUCUACUUCCUGCUGGGAGUUCCUGGAAACAUUGCUGUGAUCAUCCUCAGACCAAACUGGGAGAACAUGUCCAGUCUGAGCCAGAUUCUGAUGCUGAAUUUGGCCAUAUCAGACCUGCUCUGCCUGAUCACCCUGCCUCUGUGGAUUUACACUUUACUGUUCAGCUGGAACCUCGGCCUGGUGGCCUUUGCCAUCCUCACUGGCUCAGUGCACAACGUUCAGCUUCUCUGUCAGCAAGUUUGCAGCAUGGAACAACUCAACUCCUCUGCGGUCACUUCUAACAUCUCCUCCUCUCCUGGACAUCCACCUCCUGCCUCCUGGGACUCCAGCGGUCUGGUCCCUGCGGUGGUGCUGUCUGUCUGCUUCCUGCUGGGAGUUCCUGGAAACAUUGCUGUGAUCAUCCUCAGACCAAACUGGGAGAACAUGUCCAGUCUGAGCCAGAUUCUGAUGCUGAAUUUGGCCAUAUCAGACCUGCUCUGUCUGAUCACCCUGCCUCUGUGGAUUUACUCUUUACUGUUCAGCUGGAACCUCGGCCUGGUGGCCUGUAAGCUCCUGGCUUAUUUUGUGUUGUGCAGCAUUUAUUGUAGCAUGCAGACUGUGACUGUGCUGAGCAUUCAGCGCUACCUCCAGGUGGUGCGCCUACAGACGUUCUUAGAUCAGCGAGGAAGGAGGAGGCUGCUGGUUCUGCUCUGGCUGGUUGCGAUGAUCCUGUCCAUCUCUCGUUUAGUGGUUCGGCAGCUGACCACAGAUCAGCACUGGACACACUGCAAUUAUGGCUUCUCUUCUGAGGCCCAGCAGGUGGCCGUGCAGCUGACAGAGACCCUGAUAGGAUUUAUUUCAAUUUCUGUUGUGGCAUUUUCAUACAUCAGCCUUUACAGAACAGUGGACCAGGCAGCUUUCUUCAACAACCCACAGACGACCCGGCUGGUCACAAGUAUCAUCGUGACCUUUUUUGUCCUCUGGAUGCCCUAUCAUAUCAUAAAUGUGCUUGGUGUGGCAGGUGUUUUACUCAAAAAUGAGAGCCUGAUGAAGUUUUUUGGGGACAGCAGGGACAUUGCUACAGCACUGACAUUUGUGAAUAGCUGCCUGAAUCCACUCCUUUAUGCAUUUGCUUCUAGAAACAUGUGCACAGUGUGCCAACAAAGAGAACAUUAA